AUGAGAGCUCUUCCUCUCCUCCUCCUCCUCCUCCUCCUCCCUCUUCUUCUCGUCACCAUCCAUGCACCUCCUCGAGCCCUUGCAGCAAGUGAAGCCACAAGCAAGCCUCUUCUCGGGGUCUGGAAGCCACUCAACACGGAUGACCCACACGUCCAGGAGAUUGCGGAGUUCGCAGUGUCGGAGCACGACGAGCUCGCUAACGACAAGCUCGCGUUAAGCAAGGUGGUGAAGGCACUGAAGGGUAAGACCGCGUUUUUGCCCGGAAUUGCCUAUCGGUUGGUGGUAGAGGCCAAGGACAAGAUAUCCAUCGCAAAGUACGAGGCCGUAGUUUGGGAGAAGACCCAGGAGGGUCCCAUGAAGCUCGUAUUCUUCGCACCGAUUAACCUACCUGAAGGUCCGGUCGUCCAGCAGUCAGCAGCAUAG